AUGGAGAAAGGCAGUUCGAGCUCCUUGUCUGCAGCAUGUGAAGCCUUAACCAUUGGUGACGAUGAUGAGGGUGUGAUCGUUGAGGUGGAAGAGACUCCGACGCCUGAGGUUGAUUAUCGUUUUGUGGCUGUUGGGCGGGUUGUCACUGAUCGCCCGGUGAAGUUGGUCAUUUUCCGUGACGUUAUGGCUACUGCGUGGCGUUCAAUGAAGGGAGUGAUGGUUCGUGAUUUGGGUGCGAACAGGUUUCUGUUUACUUUUUAUUGUGAGCAAGAUGUCUCCCGAGUACUGAGUGAUGGGCCAUGGACUUUUGAUCAGAACUUGGUCUUGCUCCGGCGGGUGGUGAACGGGGAGGAUCCGAUGGUGGUACCGUUAAACAAGGCGGCUUUUUGGGUUCAGGUCCAUAAACUCCCGACUGGUUUUAUGUCUGAGAAGGUUGCUAUGGUUGUUGGGAACUAUGUUGGGGAGUUUGAGAGGGCAGAUAAGCGAAAUUUUGACGCAGUGGAGCGUACUUUUAUGCGUGUCCGAACUCAGAUUGAUGUUCUGAAACCUCUCCGUGCGAAGAUGAAGAUGAGAAAACCAGGUGGCGACUGGUUUUGGUUGGAGUUGCGGUAUAAGCGUUUUCCAUCCUUCUGUUUUGAAUGCGGCAUAAUUGGUCAUUCUGAGAAAUUUUGCCCGGUGGCAAGUGAUAAACCGGUGGAUGGCGGUGAUAAACCGUUUGGUUCAUGGUUGAGAGCUGGCGGACGACGAGGUGGUGCGCCGUCGGUGAACAGGUGGCUUGUUUUGGAUGAUCCGAUCGUGGGGGGGUCACAGGCUGUAACGGAUGGCAAUCAUGAGGUGUUAAUGCAUGGGGGUCAGUUACCCGAGGUUUCUGUGGAAGGGAAUAAGGUGGUGAGUGAGGGAGGCGAGGUAGGGGUAUUAAAUGAUCUUAAUGAUGAUGGAGGGGUGGUCUUUGUGGAUCAGAAACGGAAGCGGGUGGGGGAAAAUGAUGGGCUGACUGAGUGGACAAGCCCAAUGGUAAUUGAAAAUAAUAAUGUGUCACUCUCUGAAGAGGUGGGCUUUGGAUCCCAGGCCCACCGGGCCCAAUGA